CUCUCCUCGCCCCCGUCCGAGCGCACGGCCUGCUCCCCGCUCCCCCGACAUGAAGACCCCGGGCGAGGUGCUGCGCGAGGGCGAGCUGGAGAAGCGCAGCGACAGCCUCUUCCAGCUGUGGAAGAAGAAGCGGGGCGUGCUCACCCCGGACUGCCUGAGCCUCUUCCCCGCCGGCCCCGGCGCGCGCCCCAAGGAGCUGCGCUUCCACUCCAUCCUCAAGGUGGACUGCGUGGAGCGGACGGGCAAGUACGUCUACUUCACCAUCGUCACCACCGACCGCAAGGAGAUCGACUUCCGCUGCCCGGGCGAGAGCUGCUGGAACGCGGCCAUCACGCUGGCGCUCAUCGACUUCCAGAACCGCCGCGCCCUGCAGGACGUCCGCAGCCGCCGGGAGCUCGCCGCGCCCGCCGCCGCCCCGGAGCCCCUGGCAGCCCGUGCGCCCUGAGCCCGCCUCGGAGCCCCACACUGGACGAGUCGGGCCGGCCGCGCUGCCGGCAGGAGCCCAGGAGGUGCGCGGGAUGGCCGGAACCCCCACCCCCUCCGCGGACCGCCUCGAGGAAUGAGGCUGGGGCUGCGUCCCAGCCCCGAAGGGGACCUUCCCUUGCGGAGCCGCUGUGCCCUGCCCGCUGCGCGGGCGAGUUAAAUUAUUGGAUUAUCUAUGUAUUUAUUUUGAUGGUUAUUUUUUGUCAAACUGUAUGUCUUAAUAUUUUGUUUUUGCACCUGCCAUUCCGAAUAAACUACUGGACCUGUUUUUUCUA